AUGCAGACGUUGACAACCAAGAGCGAGCUAAAGGCUGCAAAUUCUAUCCAGGGCACGUGUGACGCUGUGAUCGUACUCGACCAGGAGCUGAAGGUCAUUCAUGGCGAGCAGUCCGUCGCGAACAUGCUGAUGUUAACCCCAUCGAAGGUCCAGAGCGAGAGCGAGACCCCAUCAAAGGUCCUGAUCGCCGAGGAGGAGCGCGACAGACUUGCUGAGAUGGUGCAUGGCGCCCGAUCCAGCGCGAUGCCAGGGCCGUACGCCGCUUUCAACACCUCCCUGAAGGACAGUGCCGCUAUCCCGUGCAGCGUCGAGGCGAUGUGCGUGAAACACCUGCAGGCCUUAAUUCGGACCCCCCCAUCGAAGGCUCACAAGUGCCGUCCUGGGACUGAAAAUGUUGAAGAACCUCCCGUCGUGUUUUUUUUCUUCUUCUCACAGCACGAGGAUGUCUGGGUGGGCAGCGGCUGUGCGAUCGACCAGCACCGCCGCUGCGCCCGCUGCGCAAAGCUCCGCCCGCCGCCCCAACCCCAGAAGAGACGGCGGCGUCGAGUUUCCGCGGCACGGCCGCGCCCUUGCGCGCUGCUGCCGCGGCCCCUCGCGGGGAGCACCUGCUUGCAGCCCCUCGCGGGUGACCUCCGCUGCGUCGAUACGCCCUCUUUGAUGCCCAGAGAUCUGGGGCCAAGUUCUGAUAAGUCGUCUACCCGUUUGGGGCUGGCGGGGGUCAGCGCUUGCCGUCUGGACGCUGACGCGGCCCUCCGGAAGUCUGUGCUGAUGCGUUUUGGGUUUCUCCGUUUUUUUUCUUCCCGCCCUCCCUCUGUCCUUCUUGCUUACUCGCUUCUCUGUCCUCCUCCCGGCAGUCUGUCUUUGCGCGCCGUCAGGCUUGGACGCGUCGGCCGCCGCCGCUGUCGCUGUCGCCGUCGCCCGAAUCGGUGGCUCUGA